UGGAUGGUCCCAGGUCUGAGGAAGUAUUCCUGUGAGUUUUCUCUGGAUCCAAACACAGCUCACAGAAACAUCAAACUGUCUGAGGACAAACGGACAGUGACCUUUGUGACAGAGGAGCAGCAGUAUCCAGAUCAUGAGGACAGAUUUACAGACAGGUGUCAGGUCCUGAGCUGCACUGGCCUGAGGGGGCGCUGUUACUGGGAGGUGGACUGGAGGGGGAUGGCUGAAAUAGCAGUGAGUUACAGAGGAAUCAGACGGAGAGGAACAAGAGAGGAGUGUUUGUUUGGAGGCAAUGAUCAGUCCUGGAGUUUGAGUAUUUAUAAUGGACGUUACUAUUUCGGCCACAACAACAGACACACGGCACGCCUCUUCUCCUCCUCCUCCUCGUCUCGUCCCUCAGGUCGAGUGUCUGUGUUCCUGGACUCUGAGGCUGGAUCUCUGUCCUUCUAUGAGGUUCUCUCUGAUGGAAAACUGUUCCACCUCCACACCUCCAGCUCCUCCUUCACUGAGCCUCUGUUUCCAGGGUUUAGGGUGGGUAGGGGAAAUUCCUCUGUGUCUGUGGUAAAUCUGAGGAGAGCGCCCUCUGGUGGACCUCUUUGACUGAUAUAAAAUAUUUUAUUAUUAUUAUUAUUUUUUUUCCUUUAAUUUCUCUUUGCAAAGCAGAAACUUUCUUCCACUGUCUAGUGUCUGACCCUGUGGUCCAUAUGAACAGAGUAGGCAGCAUUUGUCCAAGUGUAGAACUGUUUGCGCUCAUGUCUUUAUUAUUAUUUUUUUUAAUAUUCAGUUUUAUGUGUUGCUGUAUGUAGUUGUAUGUGAUCUGUCAUUCAUUACUAAUUAUCAAUUUGUGUUUAUUUAUCAAAACUCAUAUUUUAAUGUGACGGUUCAUUUAGAAAAAGGUUUACUAGAGUCCUCCUGCUUCAGCUUUAUUAUGUCAGUGCCAUAUAGUAGUUUUAAUAUUUUCUGAAGCAUCUAAAUAGUUUUUGUGACUGGCCAAUGUGUCUUUGCUCAGAGAAGAUUCAGGUUAGAAGCACAUUCAGAGUGUGCUACAGGAAAUACAAUGGCUGAGGUAUCUAAGGAAGAUGAAAAACUAUUUUAAAGGAUCUUAAACCUAUACUGUAGAGGAAUAAGAAUCACCCAGAAUCAAGAGCAUUUACAGCAUAUACAGAACUGCCUCAGGUCAACCAUAUUUAAACAAAUACAACUCAUCAGAGACAGAGCCCCAUUCUUUUAGCCUCACACCAGGACUGUUCAAAGCUGAGUGGGAUUAAAGGACACGGUCAACAACAGGAGUCAAAUAAAGGUAUGAUUCAUUGUGUACUCCUGUCAAACCACACAUAAAAUACACAUCUAUUUGGGAACUACUUUUUGCACUUUUACUGAUAUGUAAAAUAAGUUCUCUGAAUAAGCAAUAAAAAGGGGUUAUAUUAUAUUGUCCUAGAAAUGGUUGUAGUGUAUUACUCUUCUUGUGCAUUGCUGUUGAACUGCUGUGAAAUUUCCCCAUUAUGGGACAAAUAAAAGGUUCUGCUAUCAUUGGGAGCACAUAUGUCAAAUCCAGUGGAUCUCAACAGGGUCAAAUAUACAGUACGGCGUGAAUUUUGUUGGAAAAACCUAAUGAGAUUUUUCAUUACACCAGUACAAAAGAGAUACCAAGGAACAGGUGAUGCCUGCUGGAGAUGUGGGAAUGACGGGGCUAAUCAUUGCCAUAUUUUUUGGGAAUGUGGGGUCAUCUAAGAAUAAAGCUCAGAGAUUCAUCAACAUCUGCAAAAUGUUUUUUCAUUUGUUUUCACCCUGUCAUCUGAAGCUUUGUAUCUUGGUAAAUUAAUAUUAGACAGUUUUAACAACACAAACAAGAGAUUUACUGUAUAUUCUGUGGGCUGCAAGUAAAAAGGCAAUAACAAGGAAGUGGCUUAAACCUUAGCGACCAACAAUUGAAAACUGGAUUGACAUUGUGCAAGAGAUCUACAUGAUGGAAAAGGUUUCAUUUUUAUUGAAAGUGCAGCUGGACUUAUUUUACAAGAUGUGGUCUAAAUGGACAGACUUCAUAUAAAACUACUUCAUAGUUGCAAUAUUAUGUUAAAUUGUGAAACAGGUUCCCUGGCUCCCCAACCUGUUUCGAAUUUGUAUACGUUUUAAAAAUGUAAAAGCAGGAAGGUGUCAUUUCAUUUUACACAUUGCAAAGUGUAAUUUGCUUUUUCAAUAAAAAGUAAAUUUGAGGGGAAAAAAAGUUCUGUUAUCUUAACCUUUGCUUUUACUGAUGCUCAUCUAUGUUCCUCUUAAUGGAAAACAAUGACAACACAGACA